ACUUGUCUGUUUUGUUUGCGACAUAACGGAUCGACUUACGGCAAUAUGUGCAAGUGAUCUAUCCUCUAUUCAGAGGACAAACAGAAAGGAGAUAACUCUUUAUUGUCGUGCUAUUUAAGUUAAACCACCAACAAAAUAACCUGCAAGUGCAAAAACGAGCCUUUAUUUCUGACAUGGCCAACCCUUUAAAGGGUGAGGUUAUCAGGCUGUACAAAAAUCUGCUGUAUCUCGGUCGUGAGUACCCGAAGGGAUCCGUCUAUUUCAGGGAGCGUCUGAAGUCAGCCUUCAUGAAGAACAAAGACGUGACGGAUCCUGAGCAGAUCAAGAAGCUGGUGGCCCGAGGAGAAUUUGUUAUCAAGGAACUGGAGGCUCUCUAUUUCCUCAGGAAGUACAGGGCCAUAAAGAAGAGAUAUUAUGAGCCUGAAGAAUAACCACACACAGCUUCAGAUCAUCUCAAUGAAAUACAAAGGAAACAGUUAACCAUAGUGCACUCUGUGUGUCAGUAAUGUAUAGUUACUCAGCCCUUCACUUACAUACCACUUGCAGAAAUCUCAACAGCUGCUCUUCUGCCUCACAGGUGAGAUGGAAAACUCAUCUCUGACUGUUAUUGGAAUAGCAAUUACAGAAAGGGCUUUGUAUUUUUAUACCAAAAGAAUGAACUUCAAGACCAGUAUUUCAAAUCCCAAAUACUGUAAUAUGCUAGUUUGUUAGAUUUUCUGCCACAAAUGGUCUAGUUUGGCAGAUUUAAAGUGUUGUACUCGUGAACAUUUCAUCAGAGGGGUGUCCUAUUAAGUGAGAUGGAUGAGUCUGUAUGCUGAGUUGUCAGUGUCACAAAGGUGGCUAUCAUUUACAGCUGGCAAGAUCACCAUGGCAACUUCACCAAGGAGGUUGUGUUGCAGCACCACCUUUCACCAAUUCUUUUUCCUGACCAUACUCUCAAUGAGCAAUAUUGAUUAUCAGCUCAGGGAAUACAUUAUAUCUGCAACCCUGUUGAGCUGUAAGUUAGUGAUGCCACUGAACAAAGCCAUGCAGUUGCAGCCGUGCAAGCUGUUGCUAUGGAAACCUACAUUCCUUCAGUCGGUGGUGGAUAAAAUGCACAAAUAUGUUGCGUAUGUUUUGCUGCCAAGUCUGUUUUAACCUUCUGGUAAUGCAGCUGAUACAACACAGAUUAGAAAACUGAUAAGUCACGUAUCCUUCAUUAUGAGACUAAAUGCGCUUCUUGAUUCUGAAGUUUGUGAGCUUUAAGAACUCUAAUGUGUACCUGUCAUAUUAGAAAUGAGCAGCUACAUUGAGAGUGCACUUAAUGGUAAAAUAAAUAUAUGAACUGUUUUCUACCAGCAUUAUACUUGCCUUAUUUGCAGCAACAGUCCUUGGAAUGGAUAAUAUAAUCGUACUAGGUCUCCAUUGUAACAACCUGUUGCUUUUGACUGAGGUAGGCGCACAACAUCAGUCCAUUUUGAGUCAAAAGACACAUCAGAGGUCCCCUUUUGUGGGACCAUGAACAGAGACUGAUAAAGAAAACCUGAGUUAACAAAGAAAGUUGAUAAUCGUGAAACUUGCUUCAUAUUUCAACCCUCGGCUCAGUUAAUCCAGUGGACGGUUGGAUUGUUAUAAGGAUUCAGAGUGAACACAGACAGCUGCAUGGUCUGUAUUAAACUGGAGGGAUGUAAAAAAAAACAUCCUGAAUCAUGUACACUGAAACAUUUGUGUUAUGGAAUUUAUUUGAGUGUAUACAUUUGUGAAUACAUGGUCAAAUUUCUUGAAAAGUGAAUGUACACGACUAUGUUUCAAUGCACUAUUACACAAAAAAACAAGUGUUACAAAAAUGUACAUUUUUUAAAAAAAACUGUGAAGCCUUGUGCCAUAAUAAAUAACCAAUAUCAAACCUG